AUGCGUUUGGGUGGCGCGGAGGGGGAAACGAGGGGCGCGGGCCGGCGCGGACGACGACAGAGCUCGAGCGGGGGGGGGUCCGCGGCCGCGUGUCGACUGGCGCGGAGAAUGCUGUGUCGGAGCGCUGCUUAUGAUCAUCCGUGUUCCUUGCACCGUGGCACCGUCAAGAAGCGUCGCCCGACGCACGGCGUGCACCACAGCAGGGGCUCUUCAACUUCUAGUAGAUACAGGACUGUUACAGGGGCGUGGAGCGCUCGAGUGACGGGGCACAGCAAGCCCGUGGGCGGGCUGGGCGCACGGCGUGCGUCGCGUUCUGUGGUCGCGUGGAGCGGGAGCGAGCGCGAGCAGCAAGAGACACAUCAAGAGCGGGCCGUGAUGGCAGAGAGGCCGGCGCAAGUGGGCGAUGUGGAGGAAGCGGCGCCCAUGCUGUCACCGCAGCCAACUGCCGGGGUCGAGGGGGCGCGCGCGGACGGCAAGGAGGCUCCUGCGCUGUGGCGGCGGAUGCUGUGGUACACGCCGUCGGUCAUGGCCGGGCCGAUGAUCGAUCCGCUCGUCGCAAUGACGGAGAGCCAGCUCCUCGGACUGCACGCUUCCUCCGCCGAGCUCGCAGCACUGGUUCCGAACGGACUCAUCUUCACCUUCCUGCUCUACGCCUUCCAAGGUCUCCAGAUGACCACUCUCGCGCACACGUCCCGGCACCACCGCCGCAGCGAGCUCGCCGACGCCGACGCCGUCCUCUCCACCGCCCUCGCCGUCGCGCUCGCCGCCGGCACAGUCUUCACCCUCCUUCUGCUGCUGAUCGGCCCAGGGCUGGUGACGCUGAUCCUGAGCAGCGCGAGCGAGGCCGUCGUCGCGCCAGCCAUCGCGUACCUCCGCGUCAAGGCCCUCGCGCUCCCGGCUAUUUUUGGCAACAUGGUGUUCAUCGCCGGCCUCAUCGGACAGGGCAGAGUGCCGCAGGUCGUCAUCUGCGCCGUCCUGGGCGUCGCGCUGCACCGUGCGCUCGCAGUGCACUUCGUCGGGGGCCUCGGGCUGGGCGUCCAGGGCGCGGCCGGGGCCACGGCGGCGUGCCAGUGGGGCCUGACGGUGCUGCUGUGGACGGCGCUUGCCGUGCUGCCGCGGCGGUCGUUCGCCUGCCCUGUGCCGUGGCGCGGCAGCCUUGCGCGCGUGAGGGAGCUCGCGGGCUCCGUGUCGCUGCUCGGGACGGGCUACCUGCUCAAGAACUGCUGUUACUUGAUCUGCCAGACGACGGCGGCGGCGCUUCCGACCGCGCAGCUCGCGGCGCACCAGGCCGCGUACUCGGUCUGGAACCUCGCGGCCUUCGUCGACGCCCCCGUGGAGAAGCUCGGCGUCACGUUCGUGCCCGCCGAAACCACCGCCGCGGGCCAGCGCCACGUGGCGUGGCUACUCGGCGUCGCCGGCGUCGCGCUCAGCGUCUGCACCGCCGCGGCCUGCGCCGGCAUGCUCGUCCUGCUACCGGGACAGCUCACGUCGGACGUGCGCCUCCACUCACUCCUCGCGAACGUCGCCCCGUUGGUCGCUUUGACCAUCCUCGCGAACGGCGGAGAGCUGGCGGCGUCGGGGACGCUGAUGGGGCGCGGAGCGGCAGCGCACUUCAUGUGCAUACACGCGUGGACCGUCGGAGCUCUCCUAGUGGGACGUCUGGUGCUGGCGGUGCGUGGGGAGCUGAGCUUGGUGGCGGUGUGGGGGUUGUUUCUGGUGUUCUUCUUGAGCAGGUGUUUCCACGCCAACCGCCUGCUAGUCGCGCACGCGGGGUGGCACUGGCUCGGGCACAGGCGCGGCAAGCCCGCCGCGGAGGUCGACGAACGGACGCAGCAGGCCAGUCAGCUCCGCAGCGACUCCUGA